CACCCAGGACAGAGCUAGGAGGAAAGUACAGUGCCCUUCAUUCUGUCACAUCUUAUCCUUCACAGAUCUCUGUACCCUCCCAACAACAGCAGAAAAUGAACACAGCUCAGGCAUCAGUGUCAUUCAAGGAUGUGACUGUGGAGUUCACCCACGAGGAGUGGCAGCAAAUGGGUCCUAUUCAGAGGACCCUGUACAGAGAUGUGAUGCUGGAGAACUACAACAACCUGGUCUCCGUGGGGAACUGUGUUUUCAAACCAGCAGUAAUCUUCAAAUUGGAGCGAGGAGAGGAGCCUUCGUUCUUAGAGGAAGAAUUCUCAAUCCAGAGCCAGCGAGAAGAUUAUAGAGAUGAUGACCUCAUCAAGAGGAACAAGAAAAUCGAAGACAACCACUUUCAGGAAGUAAUUUCCAUCGAUAAUAAACCAUCAACUGGGAAGGAAGAGGAAAUUUUGAGAAAACAGUUUAAUCUGCAUAUAGCUCCUGUUUCAACAAAAAUGUCCUGUAAAUAUGACUCAUGGGGAGUAAAUCUGCAAAAUAUUUCCCAAUUUAUCAGUAACAGUAGAAGCUAUUCAACAAAAAAACCAGAUUGGUGUAGUAUAUGUGAAAAUUUAUCUUUCAAAAUUAAGUUUGAGAGAACUCAUACUGGAGAGAAGUUAUAUGAAUAUAAUAGAAGUGGAGAAGCUUUCAGUUGUAAAGAAAAUCUUCCGGAGAGUCAAAAGUGUCAAACGUUGGAGCAAGCUUUAAAACAUAAUGAAACUGGAAAAAGUGUCUAUGAUGAGGCUGCCUGUGUUACACAUAAGAAUAUUCACACAAGAGAAAAAUCCUAUAAAAAUGGUGAACUUAGGGAGAAAAAUGAAAAAACAACUGUCUUUAACUAUAAAAGAACUGGGAUAGGAGUGAAAUACCCUCAUCUUAACCAUUGUGGGAAAUCCUUCUGUGAGAAGUCAGCUCUCAAGGAAUACAGUAAAUUCAUCAUGUCUGUGAAACAUGAUGAAUGUAAUGCAAGUGGGAAUCAUUUCAACAGGAAGUCAUACUUCACUCAACCUCAGAUAACUGCCACAGAAAAGAACCCAUUCAUAUGUAAUGACAGAACACAAACUGGGGAUAGAUCCUUUGACUAUCUUGAAGACAGGAAAUCCUACCAGAUAUCAGCCCACAAAGUAUACCAGCGAAGUCACUCAGAGGGAAAACCCUAUAAAUGUAAUGAAUGUGGUAAAUCUUUCUUUCAAAAAGGACAUCUCAUUCAACAUCAGAGAACUCACACAGGAGAGAAACCAUUUGAAUGUAAUGAAUGUGGAAAAACCUUCUCCCAGAAGUCACACCUCAGUACACAUCAGAGAAUUCACACAGCAGAGAAACCCUAUAAGUGUAAUGAAUGUGGGAAAACAUUUGUCCAGAAGUCAACCCUUAGGGGACAUCAGAGAAUUCAUACAGGAGAGAAACCUUACAAAUGUAGUGAAUGUGGGAAAACUUUUGUUCAAAAGUCAACCCUCAGAGAUCAUCACAGAAUUCACACAGGAGAGAAAUCCUUUCAGUGUAAUGAAUGUGGAAAAACUUUUGGUCAAAAGUCAAACCUCAGAAUACAUCAGAGAACACAUAGUGGUGAGAAAACAUAUCAGUGUAAUGAAUGUGAAAAAUCGUUCUGGCGAAAAGACCAUCUCGUUCAACAUCAGAAAACACACACAGGAGAGAAACCUUUUAAAUGUAAUGAAUGUGGCAAAACUUUCGCCCGUACAUCAACCCUUAGAGUGCAUCAGAGAAUUCAUACUGGGGAGAAACCAUUUAAAUGUAAUGAAUGUGGGAAAAAAUUUGUCCGGAAGGCAAUCCUUAGUGAUCAUCAGAGAAUUCAUACAGGGGAGAAACCUUUUCAGUGUAAUAAAUGUGGGAAACCUUUUGGCCAGAAAUCAAACCUCAGAAUACAUCAGAGAAUUCACAGUGGUGAGAAAUCUUAUGAAUGUAAUGAAUUUGGAAAAUUGUAUAAGAAGUCAACCCUGAAUAUUUGCCAGAGAAUUCAAGGAGGGGGGAAAUCCUAUUGAUAUAAUAACUGUGGGAAAUCGUUGUGGCUGAAAGACCAAUCCAUUUGACUCCAGAAGAUCCACACAGGAGAGGAACCAUAUACAUCUGAAUGUAGGAAGACUUUUAUCCAAAACCCAACUUUGAAUGUAUAUGAGAGAAUACACCCAGGCUGAUACUCCUUUCAAGGGACUAUCAGAAGCCCUCUUGAAAGAAGCCAUGCCUUUUAGAUAACUCAUACAAAAUUGUCUGGUUUCCCUUUCCUCCAAGUAGGGCUUUGGGACUGGCUGGUGGACUAUGGAUGUUCAUGUUGUAUGCCACAUCCAGUUCUGACAAAAGACCUCCCUGACAAAUUACAGGGAUGCCGUCAGAAUAAAACAGAGAUGACCCAGGACAACCUUGGGUAUCCUGCUUCAACAUGGCACAGCUUUUUAUAAGAUAAAAGGUUGCCUAAAUAUGUGGAACAAAAUUCUCAUUCACAUAUUUACUAUUUGAACAUUUGUGACUAAGAAGUAAACUUUUGUUAUAUUGAGCUCUUAAAUGUUUAGAUCUAUUUGCUGUUGAACAUAAUUUAGCCAUUCCUAUGCUGGGGAGGCAGAAAACUGUUGAGUAAGUGAAGCUUAUGUCAGCCAGCGGGUAUAAUGCUUAUUAAAGGUUUGGUGUUGGGGGGAGUCUCAAAGAUCAUCAGAGAAUUCAUUUUUAAAAAAUCAUCUCCUUUCAAAGUAAUGAAAUAAAUGAUAUACCUGUAACAGGGCUUUCUAUGAACCCAAAGGUUGAAAGUUUUUUUGGUUGAUAUGUGAGCAUACCUCAUGCCACUAAAGUAAAUGUGGCUUGUUUAAUGUCAUGAAGCCACUCUCCUUCCACACUUUCUUAUACCUCCAUAUACCCCAAUAUCAGCUGCUUUAGGGGAGAGAAAUUUUCCUGUCUCCAAAGGGGAUGCAAAGCCAUUGACACCCACCCAAGUAUUUGGGGAACUUUGAGGGAGGGAAGGGGCCCAAACUUUCCUGGAUCUGUGGUGCCCAUGUCAACAUCUUAUCAAUUUCCAUGGAGUUAGUGGGUAUCUAGAUUUAGAAAAUGUUAGGGCAGGGUUUACAGUAGGGAAGAGAAAUGAAUGUGAUCUUGGAAUAAAUGAUGCUGUUGAGGCCAGUACAGUAUACUGUGGUUACUUCUAAAUCUGAAAGUAUAGUAGGAAUGUGUUACAUAAUAUACUUCCCCAUCCCAUAACUCAGAGGGGAUUCUCUUAGGAAAAGUUGUGUGUAAAAGAAGAUACCUUUGAGGUCCCAUAGCCCUUCAUGAUCACUUUGGGCUUCAAGUCUCUAUGACUAGUCCUUCUGUUGAUUGGAAUUUCUAGCAAAAGGAAGUACCCUUGGGGUGGAGGAGAAGGGUUAUUUGACUUGAUACCCUAAGGAAGCUAUCAAGUAUACUCCUCCAGUAAAGCAGCCAUUAGCUUACUCUUGAGCUCUUUUACACUAGACAAUUGACUCUGAUUUGAUAGUCCAAUUUUAGGGUGUGUCAUCUUGGACUUACCAGGCUAACAAGAUGUAAAGUACUCAGGCCUCAUGUGUAAAAUGCACAUGGUAUAUUUAAGAAUGGAGCUGUCCUGGUCCCAGCAGUAUCUGAGCUGUACAUGAGAUCAUAGCUGUAAUCCCUCACAGAGGAAAUCUAUCCCCCACUCUAUUGCGUGAAGCAAAGCAACUGGCUCUGUAGGGCCCUCAGUUCAUAGAGGUUACUCUAAUUGGGCCUGGUUCUCUGACAGGCUAGUGAGAACCACUUGGACACUGUGACCAGUCAACCUCAUUGCCAUCAAUGCGGACCCAGAAAUUGAGGUGGCUGCCCCUCUCGAGAGGCAGGAUACAAGGAUGCUCUCAACUCCAGCAGAUCCUCCAUUUGAUGGAACUUCUGGCAUUUUUAUUUUGGUUUCUUACUAAGCCUAGCUGCUUGACACACCGGUAGUAAAACUGCAGACUGACAAAAGCACCCCUUUUUGGUGCUGCAGACUGUGGGAAAAGUCAUAAUUGCUGAGCACAUUUGGGUUGUCAAACUAGAUGCCUUGGUAAGUGACUAUUCUAUGCUAAUAUUGAGUAGAAUCAAGCUGCUGAAUAAGACUUUACUACCCUGCCAGCACUGCUACCUGGAUCCAUCAUCAUACUGAUAGUGCAAAAUAUUCAUCAUCUUAACUGCACACAAAGUAAAGGUCUCUGUAUGUCCAGUGCUUCCUUUGAUGUCAUUUGACCUAAGAAUACAAAUUUUUAUUUUGUAUUAAUAUCCAGUGUUCCAUAUACCAUUUGAUAAUUCACCGCUUUCUUAAUGAUUUUAAAUGUGUUCACAUACUGAAUUGUCAUUUGUAAAAAUAUUGCACAGGGCUGCUCAUGACCUGUUCCCUGCAUUCAGGUAUAUUAGCAAUGUGUCCAUUCACCUUUUGGGAUCAGGGUUAGUGUAUACCUCAUAUGAGCCAAAAUACUCUCUAGCCUGAUACUGAAUUUUUCACUGAGGAGUAUUUGAAUCAAGAAAAGGAAAUCCCUCCUACGACUACAGAAAUGGAACACCACACACCAGUUAAAUUGCUACUCUAGAGCUGCCAGUGGCCUUGCAGAGAUGCAUCUGCAAAAGGAGAUCAUAUUUAGUUAGUGCUGUGUUCCCUGAAAAUAACCAAGAGAUUACUGUUCACUGUUUUUAUAAUAGUUGGUAAAUAUAGAGUCUCUUUCUUAGUUUCUUAAGUUUCAGUUUCUUAAGGUAUUUAGAAUCCUCUUCUUCAUACCCUUUUUUAUAUAUAAUCUUUUAUAAUUACAAUUGGAUUUGUUAUUAAGUUAAGGUCAUCUACCCAUUAGGAUGAAAUAAAUUCACCCAGGUAGUCUCAGUCACUCAUUGGGAGCAAGGAUGACAAAGUCCCAUGAUUGGACACUUAGGCUUUACCUGCUUGCUGUCUCCUUGCUGGGGUAGACCCACAAGACACCUCUCUGUAUAAUACAUUGUCACCUGGAGACCAUGGUCUAUCUGUGCUAUAGCCGUGAAUGCUGCUUUCUCCCUACUUGGCUGAUGUCCUGGACUUUUACUCCAACAGUCAGAUACCACAUCUAGAGACCCUGGAAGAGUCCAUUUCUAUCUCCCUGCCUACUAAGGGCCUUUAUGCUAAUUUUAAAAAGACUCCAAUGAGAGCAGGAUUUUUGUAUUUUGUUCAGAAUGUGUAUCGCAAGCAACUGGAACAGACCCUCUAUGUAUUGCUCACUCAGAAAUACUUCCUGAAAGUGAAAUUUGUCACAGUGAAAUCUGAACGUAUUUUCUUUUGAUGUUACAAAUGAUCUUUUGUGGUUAUUCAUCAUUUAUUUAAAAAUAGUUAAGGAAAAUUAUUGUUAUAAGCUCAACUCAAAGACUUCUGUUUUGGAUAUUUUCUAAAGUUGCUAGAAGAAACUUGUUCUUAAUAUUCAGAAGUGUACAGUACUGUUCUUCAAAUAUUUGUCACCCAAAAUAAGAUUUAUUUUCAAUAAACUAGAAUUCCCAAUUCAAAAUUAUGCCUACACAUCAGCUUUUAUUAGCAUUGUAGAUUGUGGGAUUUUUUUUUUUAAUAGUAAAUCAGAUUUUCAAGAUCCAACCAAGUGGGAAAGCAAAGCAAGUGGUUCUUGGGAUCAUCCCUUUACUCUAUUGUACCAGUAGUUCCACUCAUUUUUAUUUCCAAAUAAUUCUCUUGCAGCUCCAAAGAGAAGUAUUUUCUCAGGCUCAAGGAUCUACUGGGAGAGGUGCCUAAUGCCAAAAGAAGGGGCAAAACACUUGUUCUGAGCUGCCUCCUUGAUUGUCUUUCCUUGCCAGAGGCAUAUUACUUUUUUCCCUCACAUUAAAGGUUUCCCUGGGAGCCCAGCAGAAACAACAUAUCAUGCCUUUAUACAAGAGCAGCUUCACACUAUAAUGAGGUAGAAACAAAUUUAUUUUCUCUUUAGAGACAGCACAAUCUCCCAAGUACCAUUAGCUUGCCUGGCCAACCGGCUAUUUUAAUGAUAUUUUAGUAUUCUAAAAAACUGACAGUUUGUAGAGCAUGGACUCUUGAUCUCAGGGUUGUGAGUGCAAGCCCUGCAUUGGGCAUGGAGCAUACUUCAAAAAAACAAGAAACUGCAAAAUUCUAGAACAGUGUAAUUAGCUUAACUAUCAGACUCUUGUACAUAAUUAAUAAACUAAGAAACUAAUUUGCC